AUGUCAUUGUUCCCAAAUAAUGUGACUGGCCGCAAAACGGCGAAGAGUAUUUAUAGUCUGUGGCGUGCACUCGAUGCGAGGGCCAAUGUUAAGUACACUCAGACGAAAAGGCACUAUAAUGCAGUGGAGGCUGAUGGCAGCUUGCUUCUAGCUCUCGUUGGAGUGGAAGACGAGGGCCUUUACGAGUGUGGAGUGGAGAACGAGACUUCCUUCGUUGAUAGAGUUAACGUCACUGUUAGAAGUAAGUAG